AUGUCUGUCCAGAACCCAGUCAUUACCAUUUCCUCUUCAAAUGGCUCUUCGCAAGCUGUUCCAGGCGCAUUGACUCACCGUCUUGCAACACAAUCUGCUGCCGAUGCACUUGGAGAUCUUGAGAACCCGGGAGCCUCAGCGGUCUCAAGCGGCAUCAGUUACCUGGACAACUCUUUGACUGGCAACAACCCAGCUGCAAGUCCAGGUUUCGAACGUGGCAAAGUUGCCGAAAUAUGGGGACCUGCAGGCGCUGGCAAGACUGCGAUUGCAUUUCAAGCUGCUGUAGAGGCUCUCAAGUUGGGCGAUACUGUGACUUGGCUUGACUGCUCUUCGUUACUGAGUGCCGCUAGACUCAGAGUGCUCGAGCACAUUGAGCUACCAGAAGGUAAAUCUGCAGACGCACUGCUUCAAGACCACUUUCGUUACCUCGCAAUUUCGACUUUCUCUCAUCUCCUUGCUCUUGUGCUGCACCCUCCAGCAUUAUUUCCUCCAACGGGCACCACGUUGAUGGUAGUGGAUGGACUGGAAGCUCUUUUGAAUCCCGACUAUCCAAGAAUGCCAUACGGAAACGGUGGUCGGACUGAGCAACAGAAAUGGCAGGCAGGCCGUAGAUAUGCCAUUCUGGGUACACUGGUCACCGCGUUGAGCAGGCUGGCUGUGCUACACAGCAUGGCAGUCAUCGUCACGACUGGAUGCGGUUCGAAAAUGCGAGCUGAUGAUGGUAUGCCAGCGGCCAUUGGUCCAGGUCUUGGGGGCUCAGAAUGGGAGAAUGGAGUCUGGUCACGGGUCGUUGUAUUCCGCGACUUCGCUGGCAGAUUCGCCGGUGUGCAAAAGUGUCAAGGCCGGAACCUGAUGCCUCUCGACCCUACCUCUGACGUUAGGAACGCCAUUGGAUUCGAGAUCGAUGAGAAUGGGCUACUACGACCGAAGCAUACGACUGUAGACUUGACAAGCAGCUCGCCUCUGCCAGUAGUAGCACGACCGCCAGCAAAGAGUUCCAGUCCCGCUAAGCCAGCUCGCAAGCGUUUCUACGAAGAGAUUGCCGACUCUGACGAAGAUGCGGAUGAGUAUGGAUGGGGCGAGGCUGACGAAAAUGCUGUGACUACCGAAGGAUUGAUUGACGAGGCGCAAACCCAGAAGGAAACACAAGCAAACGAUCAAUCAAAUGGAGAUGCUACCUGA